GGGCAACUCUUGGAGAAAUGAGCAAGAGCGAGCCAGCAGCAAGAAGCCAACGCUGUGGAGGGGCACGGACGCGCUGCCGAACCAGCCGGACUGGCAACAAGUGAUGGCUCCAGUUUUUGUUUUGGACACGGGACAGGCGAUGUUGACAGAAGCAUUGGUCCGUGAUCAAUGAAGCUACGAAGGAUAUCUCAGCGCUCCUGGGACGCAGAGCAUGGAUCGAACGCGUCUGGGCGUCUUCGUCUUGUGCCUCGCGAUCUGCAGUGCUCGCGCCGCAGUCACCCGGUUGCUCUUUGCGAACCGCAAGGACAUCCGCCUCGUGGAGGUGGAGUCUGGGCGCCGCGGAGUCGCCGGAGCAAAUGGGUCCCGCAUCAUCGUCGGAAAUCUGGAAGAUGCCGCUGCGCUGGACUUCAUCUACGACCUCGGCAUGGUCUUCUGGACUGACAUUGGCCUCGAAGUCAUCAAGGGCCGUGCAGUCAAUGGAUCGGGUGCGGAGAUUACUGUGGCAUCUAUGGGGGUGGUGUCGCCGGACGGCUUGGCUUGCGACUGGAUUGGCCGGAAGCUUUACUGGACUGACUCGGACACGAAUCGCAUAGAGGUGUCGCAGCUGGAUGGCUUGCAUCGCAAGGUGCUCUUCUGGAAAGACUUGGACCAACCGCGAGCUAUCACGCUCGUACCCACAGAAGGGCUUAUGUUUUGGACUGACUGGGGUGAGACACCAAAGAUUGAGCGCGCCAGCAUGGAUGGCAACCCCGGCACCCGCAAGAUCAUCGUCAGGGAGGACAUCUUCUGGCCCAAUGGUCUCACCGUCGACUACGGUGCCAAGAGAAUUUACUGGGCGGACGCCAAGCUUCGCUUCAUCUCGUCGAUGGACUACGACGGAGCUGGGAGGGCGGUGGUUAUCCAGGGCUCCCUCCCGCACCCGUUUGCGCUGACGGUGCACGGCGACACGCUGUACUGGACGGACUGGCAGGCCAAGGCGGUGCAGUCGUGCUCCAAGCUGACGGGAACCCACAAGCGCAUUGUCUUGUCCGGAGACCUCGAGCCCAUGGACAUCCAUGCCUACGGACCCCUGAGGCAGCCCACCGGUGACUCUUCUUCACCGUGCGGCUACAACAACGGAGGCUGUUCGCAUCUCUGCCUCCUGUCGUCCGUAACGCCCUUCUUCAGCUGCGCCUGCCCCAGCGGAGUUCGGCUGCUGAACGACACCCGCACCUGCGCCUCGGGGGCCCGGGAGAUACUGCUGUUGGCCCGCCGGACGGACCUACGAAGGAUCUCCCUGGACAUGCCGGACUACACGGACGUGGUUUUGCCCCUGCGCGGGAUCAAGCACGCCAUUGCCAUAGAUUACGAUCCCGUGGAGGGACGCAUCUACUGGACCGACGACGAAGUCUGCGUGAUUCAGCGGGCGUACCUCAAUGGAUCCAACCAAGAGCCAGUGGUCACCUCCGAAGUCCAGCAUCCGGACGGAAUGGCGGUGGACUGGAUUGCCCGAAACCUGUACUGGACGGACACCGGCACGGACCGCAUAGAAGUGGCCCGCCUCAACGGAACCUCGCGCAAGGUGCUCAUCUCGGAGGACCUGGGUGAACCCAGAGCCAUCGUACUGGACCCCCCAAAAGGGUACAUGUACUGGACAGACUGGGGCAAUGCCCCCAAGAUAGAGCGGGCCGCACUAGACGGGGGCCAGCGCCGCGUGCUGGUGUCGACCGGGCUCGGCUGGCCAAACGGCUUGGCGAUCGACACCAGGGCUGGGAAACUGUACUGGGCAGACGCACGCAUGGACCGAAUCGAGACGGCUUCCGUCGACGGGACUGGCCGCAAGGUGCUCGUGUCGGAUCAGCUGCCCCACGUGUUUGGCUUCACCCUGCUCGGGGAGUACAUGUACUGGACGGAUUGGCAGGGCCGCUCCAUCGAGCGGGUUCACAAAGACACCGGGGGUCAGCGGCAGGUCAUCAUUGAUCAGCUGCCCGACCUGAUGGGGCUCAAGGCGGUCAAUGUGCACGAGGCUCACGGCACGAACCCGUGUGCGGUGUCCAACGGGGGCUGCAGCCACUUGUGCCUGAACCGUCCCAACGGGGAGGCCCCGGCCUGCGCCUGCCCCACAGGACUGGAGCUGCGGGAGGACCUUCAGACGUGCACGGCCACCGAGGCCUUCCUGCUGUACGUCCAGCGGGAGGACAUCUGGCGCAUCUCCCUCCAGUCAAGGCGCAAGGACCAUGUGCCCCUCUCUGGGGUCAUGGAGGCCGCUGCCCUGGACUACGACGUCUCGGACGGACGCAUCUACUGGACCGACACCGGGCUCAAGCGCAUCAGCAGGGCCUUCCUGAAUGGCAGCCAGCCGCAGACUCUGGUAGAGUUUGGCCUUGACUACCCGGAGGGCAUGGCGGUGGACUGGGUCGCCCACAACCUGUACUGGGUCGACAUGGGACUCAAGAGGCUCGAGGUGUCCCGCCUGGAUGGCUCCAGCCGACGGGUGCUGCUCUGGAAGGGACUCGAUGACCCCCGCUCUCUCGCACUGGACCCGAGCCACAAGUUCAUGUACUGGAGCGACUGGGGCAAAACACCGAGGAUCGAGCGUGCCGCCCUGGACGGGAGCCAGAGGGUGCGGCUCAUCACCAAGAUCGCCCGGGCCAACAGCCUGACCAUCGACCAUGUGGACCGGCGUCUCUACUGGACCGCCAGCGACUCCAACCUCAUCGAGUCGAGCGACAUGUCCGGGGACGGGCGGCGUGUCGUGGUGCACUCGGAAGCACUGAGGCCCUAUGGGUUGACACAGUACCAGGAGUACAUCUACUGGACGGACCUGGCGACCAAGAGCAUCGAACGGGCAGACAAGAGCAGCGGCUCCAACCGCACGCGUCUGCUCGGCCAGCUCAAGUACAGCGACGACAUUCUGGUCUUCCACACAUCACGGCAGGCUGGGUGGAACCAGUGUGCCUUGUACAAUGGCGGCUGCUCUCAUCUCUGCCUCGGUGUCCCCGGGCCCAGGGGAUACCAAUGUGCCUGUCCCACCCACCAGCCGCUCGGGCCCAACAACAAGACUUGCCUGCGCCCGUCGAGCUUCCUGCUGUUCAGCCAGAAAACGGUGAUCAACCGCAUCGAGGUGGAUGUGGAGGACUCCCCGGACGUGGUGCUUCCCAUCCACGGGCUCAAGAACAUCCGGGCCCUGGAGUACGACUUUGUCUCCAACUUUGUCUACUGGGUGGACGGCAAGGCACGCACCAUCCGCAGGAGCCACGACAACGGAACCGGGAGCUCCGUGGUGGUGGGCAACCCUGGGGAGGCCCUGCACCCGCACAGCCUGGCCCUGGACCCCUACGGGCGGCAGCUGUUCUGGACCUGUGCGCUGGGCAACGUGAUCAACGCCACCUCGCUGGAUGACGGGAGGCCCCUCGGGGUCAUUUUGGGGGGCAAGGACGAGCGGCCCAGGCUCCUCGCCCUCCACCCCCACCAGGGGCUGCUCUUCUGGACGAACCUGGUGAACCCGGCACUCAUCGAGCGGGCAUACCUGGACGGCAAGAACCGCAAGACUCUGGUCUCCAACGACCUGAGGGCCCCCGGCGCCCUCACCGUGGACGCGGAGGGGGAUCUGCUCUUCUGGUCCGACCUGGAGCUCAGGAGGGUCGAGAGGAUCAGGGUCACCGGCGACGGGAGGAAAAUCCUGCUGGCGAACGUACAGGCCAAUGCACUGACCGUCUCGGGCCCGCACCUAUACAUCAUGGACCGCACGGAGCAGUGCAUCCACCGCACCGACAAGCAGACGGGGGACAGCGUGUGGACGGUGCUGUCGCGGCGCUCCCACCUCAGCGACAUCUUGGCGGUCAGCCGCCCCGAGCGCCCCGAGGCCCACCCCUGCGUCCGCCACUCCUGCUCCCACCUGUGCCUGCCGGGGCCGCGAGACCGCCACCAGUGCGCCUGCCCCGCUGGGCUGGUCCUCGAGGCGGGUGACGAGCGCCGGUGCGUGCCCGCCCCGACCUGCACCGCAGAGCAGUUUGCGUGCGCCGGCGGCAAGCACGCCUGCAUCCCGCUGGCCUGGCGCUGCGAUGGGAGCUUCGAGUGCGAGGACCACUCGGACGAGCGCGACUGCCCCACGUGCGGCCCCCACGAGUUUCGCUGCAACGACGGCGGCUGCGUGGCCAAGUCCCGGCUGUGCGACGGCACCGCAGACUGUGCUGACGAGUCGGAUGAGUUCUGCUGCCGCUCGAUGGAGGUCGUGUGCCGCACGACGCACGACUGCAUCGACCGGUCUCGCGUGUGCGACGGGCGCGCCGACUGCGCCGACGGCUCGGACGAGAAGCAGUGUGACGGCGCCACGCUGCGGGCACCCAUCACCGCGGAGAAGGCGGGCACCACCACGGUGGUCGUGGUGGCGGUCGUGCUGGUCUUCGCGUUGGCCUGCUUCUUCUCGGUGGCGCUCUGCUGCUACUUGUACCACGCCCGCGGCGGCGGCGAGGUCGAGGUUCCCGCGCCGGGAGCGGCGUACCGGAUGCUGCCGUACCCCAAGCCGGUGGCCAAUGCACAGGUGGCGCAGGUGGCGCCACUGCCGCCGGCAUCGUCGAGCGCGUCGAGCGGCGCGGCGGCGUACCCGCGGGAGACCCUCAACCCGCCGCCGAGCCCCGCCACGGUGCGGUCGUACCGCUACAUGCCCACGCCGUGUUCGACGGACGUUUGUGAUGACAGCGAGCCCUGCCCGUGUCGGUUCCGGUGCGACGACUCCCUGUACGACUCGGACCCGAAUCCACCGCCGCCGACGCCGCGGAGCCGGGGAUGCGUUUCGGACGUCAGUUGUCCUCCGUCACCGCUUACGGAUCGUGGCUUCUGCCAUCCACCCCCGCCUUCGCCGGUGCCGGAGUCGGACUACUAGUUUCGGGUCGUCGCACCUCGUCACGUUUUCGAAGUCGGCAGCCAUUUUAGUCGCAACAAGUCGCGCGGCUCGCCAUACCUCGCGUCGCCUUAUGACGGACUACGCCGGAGUUACAAGCAGCCAAUUAGAAAAGUUACGACAUAUUACUCUGAAGUGUAUGUUGGCCAAGUAUGCACGUCGGAGCAACAUACUGCACAAUUUGUAACUGGCUCGCGAUUCUAUCCGGCUGCUUGUAGCUUUGACUGCAGUCCAACGUUGGACGUAACAAAGUAUAAGUUCCGUAUCGAGCCACGAACAAAGAGGAGAGAAACUGGCAGUCGCGCUGUUAGGGUCAUAUGCAGACCGACCAGUUUGAAGCUGUUUUUAGCCAUUUACAAUGUGACCGGAUAGUGGUCUGGUGUCGUUUUGGAAUGCUGCAAGUCACUCGCUUCAUCAGGCAAGCGUAAACACUCCUUUAGUAACUUGUUGCAGUUGCUAAAGUUGCUCUGUAGUUUGAGAAAAGGUGCACGUUUGUCUACAAAGCUUCGAUGCAAAGCUGCAAACUCCGAGAAAUUAAUCAUAUGCUGAGCUUCGCAGUUGAUUUAUGUUGCAAAACACUGCAAUGUUUGGCUAAAAUGGCAGCUCACCUCUUGACUAUGCUCCUGGGAGUCAGGACCGGUGAAUGUCGGAGAGCGCACUCCACUUGGUGCCUUCAAACUGUGUCUAACGCACAAGACAAAUUUUACUUUUUAUAUCGAGUCAGUUUUAAUCUGGUUGACGUCAAAUUACUGAAGGGCAGCAAUGUUUUACUUCUGAGGUUCUUCAAAAAGAUUUCUGUUCAUACGAGAAUAACCCUCCGCAAAAGCUAAUAUGUAGUACAUACUUGAUUUUUUUUUUACUCAUUUAAUUGUGCAGUUGAAGUACCAGGUUGCAUGCAUACUCAAUAACUGGGUACACUACGACAUGCCUUACAAAAUGUACAUUAUUAUACAGCUCAAAAUGGGCAGUGUUUAUCCAGAAAAGGAAAUUUUUCUAUUUUUGAAGAGCCCUGUUGAGCUGAGGAUCGUUGAACCGUAGGAAAAGGCUUUUAUUGUGCGCGCCAUUGUCUGUACGUCGGACAAACCCCACUCCUAGGUAAAUGUGCCAUGUUCACCACCAGUUAUUUAUUAGGACUUGUCAGUUAACGUUUUUUGUAUGUCAUGUGUACAUAUACUUGUUUCAAUGCCAAAUGCUUCCAAGUUCCUGGCAGUUUUUUUUUUGUUUUGUUUUUGUGUGUACAUAGGGGCAGUGUUGAACGUGUACCAUAAUCAUGCCUCACUGUGGUUAAGAUGCAAUAUCAGCGGUAUCCUCCCAUAUUGUACAGACUCAUUCAAAUGGCGACCAAUGAACAAUGCAGAAUUCUCAGGUUGAUGCGUGUCACUAUGCAAUACAUUGAGGAACACAGCGUGUAUACAUUGUAAUCUUUAUUUUGCCGACGGUGUAAAAAGUAUAAGAGAUUCUCGCGUGGAGAGCGUUACGAAGAUGGAUAAUAAAAAGGCACAAAGA